UCGGCAGCCAGGAGGGGCUGCAAGAGCCCGGGUCCACGCACGCCCCAAUCACGCAAACAACGCGGAAGCUCGUCCCGGCCCGCGGUCCCAGGCAGAGCGUGGGGCAGGUGUCUGGCGCCGCGCUCCCGGGCCGACUUCCGCAGAUGCCGCCAAGUCUGAUGAGUCUCUCGCCUAGAGAGGAGGCGCUGGCCUGGGACCCCGCCAGCGCGGCCAGCGUCCAGAGGAGCAGCGGGGCCACAGCCUCCCCACCCCCUGUUAGACCCAGGUUGGCCCCGGAGUCCCUGGACCCGCACACUCUGCGGCUGCUGUGGGGGCAGCGGGAGCUGGAGAUCCAGGCCCUGCGGUGGGCCAUCCAGAACCCCCGGAAUGGCCGGCACUACCAUAUCCUGCGGGAGGUGGCUGGGCUUCCACCUGAGAGGAGCUCACGCAGUCAGGAAAAGUUCCUGCAAAAUCAGGUCCAAAAGCUGACUCUGCAGUUGAAAGGGCAGAAGGAACAGGCCCAGCUGGAGAAGGCACGCCUGGAGGAGCGGCUGCUGCAGAUGCGAAACACGCUGCAGCAGAUGGAGGCCGAGUUGCAGGCCCUCCGGAAGUCCUGCCUCCUGCAGCUGGCCCGCUCCUCCUGGGUGGGCCGCAUACUGAGAUCUUCAACGGGCAGUGUGGAGGUGGUGACUGCAGAGACCCUGAUGGACCCCAGCGACCUCUCUGAGAGCGAUCAGGCCCCCACUGCUGGGGAGAGUUUCCGGCUGGAGGAUGUGGACUGGAACAGCAUCGCUCACCAGUACCCCAACCUCUUCACCAACAUCGAGUCCAACUCAGAUCAAAAGCGCCCUUGGGCCCCACCGCCCCCACAGCUCCCACCAGCCACACUAUCUGACCAGCGGAGCUCGGAGCUGUGCUGUCGGCGCAGGGAACAGCAUCUCAAGAGUGUACAGUGGAGCUCCCUGCCCUUGGUUGGCACCAGCAGUUCAGGGAGCACUGGCUCCGAAUCCAGUAGCUGCCAGCUGGCUGCGUGUAAUUGCGUGCAGAAAGUGACAGGUGACCAUCCCCAGGCACCAGGCUGCACUUCUGAGCAGAUGGAAGCACAGGCAUGGAGCCUCUGCGAGGACAGUCAGGCAAUAUCUGAAGAUCUCCGGAAAACCCACUGGGGCCAGCAGGGCAAGACAGUCCAGGUGCUGGAGUCCAGUGAGGAUCCCCACCCCCAGGAGCCCGGGCGCUGUCUCAGCCCCACCGGCUCCUGCCUGAAGAUCGUGGCCGUGAGCCGCCGCCAGAGGUUCGUGCGCAUCCUCAACCAGUCGCUGGAGGAGACUGCCGACCUGAGCGGCUUCGUGCUGCGGCAGCUGGUGCGCGACUUCCCUGUGUGCAUGUACCGCUUCCCGCCUGGCACCCUGCUGGCGCCACAGCACCACGUCACGGUGUGGGGCGAGGCGCCCGGCAGCACCAAGCAACAGCCGUCCUCCUCCUUCGGCCGGGAGCCCGUCCGCUUCCACUCCAGCCGGGGCUGCGUGACCCUCCUUCUGAACCUCCAAGGCGAGGUCAGUGCGGAUCCCGCGAGGACAGGGUUGGCCUUGCGGGGUAGGGGUGACCACCAUGCCCUCAUGGCCCCGCAGGUCCUCAGCGAGCACCAGGCUCCGCACUGCGGGCCCCCCGUCUCGAAGGUCUUCGCCGACAACACCGACUUGUCCAUCGACCGUUUUCCGCUCUUGGAGGCCAGGCCUGGUGCCGACUUCGUCGGGCAACGGCUCCAGCCUCGACCCCCGCGAAAGGGCCGGGCGCGGGAGGCCCGGGCCGGGCGCCAGAAGUCGGUGUGGGGACCUUGGGUUCCUCGGACCCGGGUCCAGCUGCCAAGCUUGAGCACCAGCAAGCUCUUCUGCCAGCGGCAGGUGUCAGUGCGACCUGAGGGCGCCGAGACCCACCUAGAGCUCCUGCCCGCCAUCCUCGGCCCCGCCCCCGCCCAGGACGCCUCUCAGGCUCCGCCCCCCCAGGUGUGCCGGAAGAGCGUGGACCGCGGCUGUCCCAUGGUGGCGCUGUCGGUGCAGAGCACCGCCGAGAGCAGGUUCGGCUUCCGCUUCCUCAGCUGCCCACCCAUCAUCGCGGACGCCGGCUGGCCGGUGUAAGGCCGGUGGGGAGCGGCCGUCCAGGCGACUGGCUCCCCCCAGCCGUCUCCGUGACUGCAGGGCAGGGUGGUCCGGGAAGAAAGCGCCGAAGGCCGGCGUUGCUGGCUGCAUAAUUUAUUGAAUCAACACCGCCUCCCAAGUAAACUACAUUUCU